UUAUUUCUAUCUCUAAAUCCUAGACUAGAAGAUUACAGGACUGUUUAAAUUUGUACGAGCUAAUUUGAUGCAAGGAGUAAAGGAAUAAAAAAUGGUCACUUAAUUGAUAGAAAAUACUAAUUGACUAACUGAUCAUUGCUGAUUAGUUUUCUUGUUUGUUUGUUUUAAGAGGAAGACUGUUUGGAGCUUUUUUUUUAAGAGGAAGACUGUUUGGAAUUAUUUUUUUAAGAGGAAGACUGUUUGGAGUUGUUUUUUUAAGAGGAAGACUGUUUGGGGUUUUAGAAAUCUGAGCCUUGGCAUAGGGAACAUUUUGCUAAAGGAUUCCCUCUUCAGCUACCUGGCCCAGGGGUGGGGCUGAUGGAUCGAACAGGAUGGGAAGCCAUCCACUGUGCUCCCAUCUAUCAGUGCCUCCUCCCAGGGCCAAGUGGGAGGGAAGUCCUCUGUGUGGUGUUCACGGUAUUUUUUUUUAAAUGCGUAAGAAACUCUAAAUAUUUGGUUCUUUGUGUUGUAGAUGGACACAAGAGAUCCGGACUUCUGAACUUCUCCUGGAAAAAUAAAAUGCUCAGGCCCUUUACGAUGCCGGGGAGGUUGGGGCCGGACUAAACAGAGGAGAGGAGACAUGCUGGCGUGAAGGAGACGAGGGCCCGCGUUUGAGUCCGCGCACUUGCCUGCGCUCACCACCUCACUGAUGCGCCCUGGCUUUUGCUCUUACCCCCGGUCUGCUUUCAUCAUUGCCUGAACGCCACGCGGUUUCCAGAGAAGGCACAAAAUAACUGGAGUCCCAGGCGCACGAUAGAGCCUCACUGGAGGAAAUGUCAUCUUGGACCAUGGGUACCCGCAGUCCGGACAAGCGAGGAAGUUUCUUUAAGCUUAUUGACACAAUCGCCUCGGAGAUCGGAGAACUGAAACAGGAGAUGGUGCAGACAGAUGUCAGCCUGGAAAAUGGCCUGGAGCCCGCCGAAGCCCACAGCAUGGUAAGGCACAAGGACGAUGGCUGUUCCAAAGAAAAGGAUGUGAAGAGCUGUCCCUGGGACGCUGGCUGUGACGGCCUCGCCAGCAGGCUCAGCAUUUUGGACCGGCUGCUUCACACCCACCCCGUCUGGCUGCAGCUGAGCCUGAGCGAGGAGGAGGCGGCCGAGGUCCUCCAGUCCCAGCCUCCGGGGAUUUUCCUGGUUCAUAAAUCCACCAAAAUGCAGAAGAAAGUCCUCUCACUUCGCCUGCCCUGUGAAUUUGGAGCCCCGCUCAAGGAAUUUGCCAUUAAGGAAAGCACAUACACCUUUUCCCUGGAAGGCUCAGGAAUCAGUUUUGCGGAUUUAUUCCGGCUCAUUGCUUUCUACUGCAUCAGCAGGGACGUUCUGCCGUUUACCUUGAAGUUGCCUUAUGCCAUUUCAACAGCCAAGACUGAGGCUCAGCUCGAAGAAUUAGCCCAGCUGGGACUAAAUUUUUGGAGCUCUCCAGCUGACAACAAACCCCCAAACCCUCCACCUCCCCAUAGGCCUCCCUCCGCAGCCGCAGCCGGUGCUUGCCCUGCCUCCCGCCAGCUCUGCCUUAUAAAUGGAGUGCAUUCUAUAAAAACCAGGACGCCGUCGGAGCUGGAGUGCAGCCAGACCAACGGAGCCCUGUGUUUCAUUAACCCUCUUUUCUUGAAAGUGCACAGCCAGGACCUCAGCGGAGGCCCGAAGCGGCCCUGCCCCAGGACUCCCGAAGCGAAUGGCACCGAGAGGCCUCGGUCCCCCCCACCCAGGCCCCCGCCGCCCGCUAUUAAUAGUCUGCACACAAGCCCUCAGCUGUCCAGGCCCGAGAGCCGGGCGGGCACGCCAGAGACAGUGCACCAGCACACCCUCCCGGGCCAUUGCCCAAGCGCCUGCCCCGAAUCCCGGUCCCCGUGGCAUGGAGGCGGCGGGCAGAGGCUCAGCGACAUGAGCAUUUCCACUUCCUCCUCCGACUCGCUGGACUUCGACCGCAGCAUGCCCCUGUUUGGCUACGAGGCCGACACCAACAGCAGCCUGGAGGACUACGAGGAGGAGAGCGACCAGGAGACCAUGGCCCCCCCCAUCAAGUCCAAGAAGAAGAGGAACAGCUCCUUCGUGCUGCCCAAGCUCGUCAAGUCGCAGCUGCGCAAGAUGAGCGGCGUGUUCAGCUCCUUCAUGACCCCGGAGAAGCGCAUGGUGCGCAGGAUCUCCGAGCUGUCCCGGGACAAGUGCACCUAUUUCGGCUGCCUGGUGCAGGACUACGUGAGCUUCCUGCAGGAGAACAAGGAGUGCCAUGUGUCCAGCACGGACAUGCUGCAGACCAUCCGGCAGUUCAUGACCCAGGUCAAGAACUACUUGUCCCAGAGCUCGGAGCUGGACCCCCCCAUCGAGUCGCUGAUCCCCGAAGACCAAAUAGAUGUGGUGCUGGAAAAAGCCAUGCACAAGUGCAUCUUGAAGCCCCUGAAGGGGCACGUGGAGGCCAUGCUGAGGGACUUCCACAUGGCCGACGGCUCCUGGAAGCAGCUCAAGGAGAACCUGCAGCUCGUGCGGCAGAGGAACCCGCAGGAGCUGGGGGUCUUCGCCCCGACCCCCGACCUUGUGGAUGUGGAGAAGAUCAAAGUCAAGUUCAUGACGAUGCAGAAGAUGUAUUCGCCCGAAAAGAAAGUCAUGCUGCUGCUGAGGGUCUGCAAGCUCAUUUACACUGUCAUGGAGAGCAACUCAGGAAGGAUGUAUGGCGCUGACGACUUUCUACCAGUCCUGACCUAUGUCAUCGCUCAGUGUGACAUGCUGGAACUGGACACAGAGAUCGAGUACAUGAUGGAGCUCUUAGACCCGUCGCUGUUACAUGGAGAAGGAGGCUACUACUUGACAAGCGCCUAUGGGGCACUUUCUCUGAUAAAGAAUUUCCAAGAAGAGCAAGCCGCAAGGCUGCUCAGCUCCGAGACCAGAGACACCCUGAGGCAGUGGCACAGGCGGAGGACCACCAACCGGACCAUCCCUUCAGUGGACGACUUUCAGAAUUACCUCCGAGUGGCAUUCCAGGAGGUGAACAGCGGCUGCACGGGAAAGACCCUCCUCGUGAGACCCUACGUCACCACCGAGGACGUGUGUCAGCUCUGUGCCGAGAAGUUUAAGGUGGGGGACCCUGAGGAGUACAGCCUCUUCCUCUUCGUCGACGAAACGUGGCAGCAGCUGGCGGAGGACACCUACCCUCAGAAGAUCAAGGCCGAGCUGCACAGCCGGCCACAGCCUCACAUCUUCCACUUCGUCUACAAGCGCAUCAAGAAGGACCCUUACGGCGUCAUUUUCCAGAACGAAGAGGACCUCACCACCUCCUAGGAGACGCGGGGCUCCCUGGCGGUACAUUCAGACGGGGGGAGGGAAGGCCGCAGCCUAGCCCGUCGCCCUCCCCGUGCUUGGAGCCACCUCCUUGGGGACUCCUCGGUCCAGUGACUAAGCCAUCCACAGGGGCAUCUUUAGGCACAUCGCCAAGCAAGGCAGCUGAGGUCCAGGAAUCAGCAGGCUCUCCUUCAGGCAUGGAGAGCUGCGCUCGAUGGCCUGUGACCCGAGAGGGUUUGCUGCCCACCCGCAGCCGGGUUCCAGGUGGGCUCACAAGUAUGUAUAUGUGCUGAGUACACAUGUAAGGUACAGGCUCUUUUCUUGAACAGCAGGUGUUUGGCAAGACCGCCCGAUGCAGUGCAUCAGUUCUGUGGAUGGCUUUCCUCCUGUCACUCUUUCUUUCCUUUCUUGGUUUUUUUUUUGUUUUUAUUUUUUAUUUUACAAAGAGCCUCUGUGUUUUUAUAUAUUUCAUAGAAAUUUUUAUAGCAGUUGCAGGUAAACUGUCAGGAUUGGUUUUUAAAAUAUUUUUGUAACUUUAAAAUAUUCUAUAAUUAUGCAUGUGAUUUUAACAUUUAAUAUUCAAAAAGAAAUCUCUUGCUGGAUUUGAGAGUAUUGCAUUUGAAGAGUCACUCUUCUGUAACUGGAUGUUUCGGCAACUUUGUGGGGAGAGGCCGCUGGAUUUCUUAAGGUGAUAUAUUGCUGACACUGGCCACAGAAUGCCUUUGAAAAUCUGAUGUACUGUUACCUUGUUUGCGCUCAGUGAUAUUGUGCUGUUUUGUGUUUUAACCAAGUGAUGCUGAGGAUCAGGAGAGACAUUUAUGUAGAGAGAGCUCGAGAGAGAAAUACAGACUCUAACAAAAGGACUAAGGAGUUAGUCUGCUAGUUCAGGCUCCUGGAAGGAAGUGGGAAAAGAAGAGGGAAGGAACCACCUUUGCUGAGAAUAUUGUAAAUAUACAGUGAGAUUUGGCAAAAAUUUUUCCAUGUUAUUUGCUUUUGGAAACUAUUUUGAAAACUCUGUGAGGGGAAAAAAAAAUAAAGAUAACACUUUUAUUUCCCUUUCCCACGUAAGUGAAAACUAACAGCAUCAGAUUAUUUGGGGCAGAAACCAAGUAAUGUGUACUGUGAUGUUCAUGGAGUUAAGUAAGAUGCUGUUUGGAAACUAGUUUGCAAAUGCACCAAAAGGCCAUCUGCAUUUUCAGAAUGUAUGGUGGAGUAAAUUCGUGUUUUGUGAAAACUGGCUGGGGGCGCGCGAAGUCUGAGGGUCUUGUAUCAAUGUAACAGGUAGUUGCAGAAACGUGUUCUUGUUCUGUGUAAAGACGGGGGUCAUCUAACGCGGUUGGCUGUGUACCCUGUUCCUUUGUUAGCUUUUGUGACACAUCCGGACCCCUCAGCACAUACUGUGUUAUACUUCCUUUUGUAAAUGAUUUUUUAAAUGGAAUUUUGCACAUAAUACAUUGUAAUACUGUGCGAUAAUCAUGUUUGAAAAUAAUUUGGAAAUAUU